ACUGUGGGCAGAAGGAAGCGUAGUGAGCGAAUCGAGACAGACAGUGAAUCAUUAGCAAACUGCAACGCCGGGAUGAACUUGUCGGGAACCUAAAAGGAAGGGGGGAGGGACGGGAAGGGAAGGGAAGGCAGAGGAGCAACCAGCAGCGCCGAGGGUUUCUGUCGCCUCCUCCGCUCGGCCGGAGGGACCCUUCCUUCCCUCUUGGCGCGGCCGGGUUUUGUCCGAGACGGUCAAACUGGAUGUAACGAGCUGGUGGAGCGCCAGUCCAAGAUGCUUCUGGUGUCCCCGCGGGUAGAAGCACCACGCAUGGAGCCGCACAUGCCGUUACAGGGAUCCAUUAAGAGAAAGCUGGAAGAUGACAGUUCCCCUGCUUCCCACACCAUGCCUGAUGUCAUUUUCUCAAGCGACCACAAGAGACUCUGCCUCGAUGAUGUCACGCUUUCAAUGGGACAAGGAGCCAAUCCCGUUUCCUGUCAAGAUAUGCAGCAGUCACCCUUCUCCACCAAUCACAGUGCAUCCUCUAUAGGGGUGCCAAGUCAUGCCAUGCUGCUGGAAAAUAAUCAUAUGAAUGGUAGCAGUAUAGGGUCUCCAUUUUCAGUACCACCCAAUGCUGAAGUGGGUCAGAAGGGGUCCAUUGGCAACCAGAACAGUAUGGGCCAUUAUGAUGAGAAAGGCAGCAACAUACAAUCUGUAGACCAGGAACUACAAGACUUGUUAGAGGAACUGACUAAAAUGCCUGAACCUUCUCCCAACGACUUAGACCUUGAGAAGAUUUUGGGAAGCAAACCUGAGGAGCCGCUUGGAAGUCUGGGCCACCCACAGCCAACCAUCAACAGCACUCCAAAGUCCUCCCCACAGACACCGCACUUGGAGAACCAUGGGCCCAGUAAAGAGUUUUCUCCAGGGUGUAACCCUGCAAGUGGAGGCUCACCCCAAAUGAGGCCCUCCUCAGCUGGCGCGAUCUAUCCAGUUCCAUCCCAAAACAAACCUGUUGCGUCACCCAUUUCGUCAACUGCACCAAGUAAGAACCAGGCUCAGUCUAUGCUCUCAGUACCUUUACCCAACAUGACUAGCUCUAACUGGCAUGCACAGCAACUAAAACAACUGGCAGCAAGCAAACAGGUCCCUGCUACCAAGCAUCAAGCUCCAAACUGGUCCAACAUAUCAUCCCAAGGCCUGUCUCCCCCUUACCGGCAAGGGUCUUCCCCUCACCAUCAGCCGUUCAGUCCCCAAAACGUCAUGGUGUCCAGCAUGGGUUCUAAUGGCUUGCCGGGAAGCAAUAUUCAGAGUCCUCAGAGCUCUUUGCUUUCGAGCAUUACAUCCAGUAGCAAUGCAUCCAGUGGUCCAUCUCCUCCUUUUGGUUCUGAGAAGCUUUCCAGUCCUGUUCUCAACCAGCAACCUUUCAGCCCUCCAAAUCCCAUCCUUUCCAAUAUAUCUGCCACCAGCAUUCCGGCCAACAGCAUCAAAAGCCCACAAAGCAACAUGGUGUCUACCAAUACUGGGCCCUCCCCACCAUAUAGGCCAGAGAAGCUUUCCAGCCCUGCUCUGCACCAGCCCCCGUUCAGCCCUCAGAACACCUUGAUUCCAAACAUAACUCCGACCAGCAAUCCAACCAGCAUGCAGAACUCUCUCUUCAAACCAAUGUCUGCAGCUCAGUCCAAAAACAUGAACCUUAUCAUGCAGCAGCCAUCCAAUGGUUUGCAGCCGGGCUUGGUGACUGAAGGGCCCGUUGGACAAGACCAGUUUUCAUUCACUAAUACCAAGCCGCUGUCCCAUUUCACUUCGGAGUCCACUGCUCCUCAGAAGAUGUCGCCCAUGACUGCGAGCCCUGGGCAGCAAUCACUUAUUCACUAUCUCCAGCAGCAGCAGCAGCAACAACAACAACAACAGCAGCAGCAGCAGGUCGCCACGUCUCAACAGUCCCAGCAAGUCAACAACAACCAGUUCAUUCAUCAGCAGUUGAGGCAGCUGAUGCAGCCUUCUCGGAUGCAGCGGCACAUGCAGCCGUCUCAAACCCGACAGGACCAAAACCCGGGGAUUGUUGCUACACUUCAGGAGCCAACAGCUGUCCCAAAUGCAGGUCCAGCGCCUGCUCCGGCUCGGCCGAUGGUGAAUGGUUAUACCAUGAGGAACCAUAUACUAAAGCAGCAGAUAAUAAGGCGGCAGCAGCUACAGGAAAAACAAAGACACGGCAUGAUGGCAGUGGCGUCUGAUCAGCGGAGCGCUUUUGUGGGCCAGCAGAUGAAUCAGUUUUCUGCUGUCUCCCAGCCCAUGCCGACCGACUGCAGCCAGUCCAUGCAGACUCCUCCCCCAAACCACCGCAUAAUGCCAUCGGCUCAGGGGAUCUUACAGAACGCCUUGGGCUCUGGGAUCUCUCCGGCUGCUAUGAGCCAGAACAGCGGGGGGAUGGUGAUGAUGUCUCAUAACCCCAACAAACAGCCAGGAAUGUUUCCAUCCAGUUCUGAUUUCAAUCUCCGGCCAGGCCAAAACUCUCUGGGCAUGAAUUCCGGUUGCCAAACGGUUCACAGCCAUCCCGCAGCUCGGCCAGGCUUGGCAUUGUCUGCCUUCAGCACCGGCUCCUUGGUGAAUCCUCCUCCUGCUCAGCAGCACUUGAGGCAGCCAUCUAUGCCAAGAAUUCCUAACAUCUAUUCCAACUCAUCUGCACAGAUGUGGACACCGGCAGGGGUACCACGGAUGCCAAAUCAAAGCCAAAUGGAUGCCAGCAUGCAGCAGUACACCAGUAGUCCCCUCUUCUCGAAACAGACCACGAGGCCAAACAUCCCAGGGCAACCGUUCUCUCAUCAGGCCGUGGUGCCCCCCAAUCAGAUUGCUCCCGGAGUCCAGGCCAGACAGAUGCAGAAAGUCAGUCUUGGACAGUCUGGCCCAAACAUGGCGAUCCUGAACAAUCAGAACUUGAGGCCCAACUUAACCAGAGGACCUUUGCCAGCUGCAAUGAAUGUUAUGAAAUCAAUGCCUCAAGGUGUGUCUGGUUUUAACCAGCUGAGUCCUGCUCAAGCGGUUGGCCCGCCGACCUAUCCUGGUUCCACCGGCCAGCCGACGGGAACAUUCAGCCGAAUGAGUGCUGCCGCUGAGCUGCCGCCACAGUAUGACUUUGUGGCCCAGCCGAACAAUUCCAUUUUGCCUGGGAAUUGCAGCGAGGCAGACUUCAUUGACUCUCUGAUGAAGAACAGCAGUGGCGGGGGUGGCACUGAUGAAGACUGGCUAAAUAACUUGACAAUGAUAGAUGACAUUUUGGGACAGCAUGUUCAAAGCUCUGGUCAUGUGUAACUUUCAAGGGGAACAGAGGGAAAUGUAAAUAGUUUGUGCAGAAACUUUCAAUGAAAGAAGUCCCCAUCAUUCAUGGCUGGAAGAAAAAACUUGGCCAACUAAUUCUUCCCUCCCUUCUGGGUUUUUCAGACAACUGUACAUAUAUUUGAAUAUUUUGUAAAUUAUGUUUUCCUAAACAUUAAAUAUGGAAGUAUUUAUACUUCUUUGCUGGAUUCUUUGUAAAUACCCUAUAGACUACGCUUCUUUGUUAUAUUAUAGGAAAUGAAUUACACUUUGUUCUAAAUAUGCAAUUUAUUGUUAGUUUCAGUAAUACUGUGUAUUACAGCAUCAAAUAUUUUAUGUUUUUGACAUAACACAUGAACUAGGGGUGUCGUGGCAAACUGAAUCACACAGAAAGCAAGCAUGGUAAGAGUCCAUAUUUCCCCGUUCCCUUUGCACAGAUUAAUGUGUCUGGUUGACUGAAUGACAAAUCCAUUUUGAUCUUGCAAAUGAGAAUUGAUCCCUUCCAGGCCCAGAAAUUUACCCCACAAAUUAGUUAAUCAGCUGUCUCAUUCUGGCAAGCUGCGAUCUAAGCUGGAUGGAAAACUCUUGCUGCCAUUGGUCUAUGGCUGGUUCACACAUCCACAGGUGUCAAGAUGCUGGCAGGGGAUGAUGGGAACUGUAGUCCAUAACAUCUGGAGGCCCGCGAGUUUGACACCUGUGAUUCAUGCGCCUUUGGGACAACAGAAGCCAUGAUGUGCACGUGUGAAUGAGCCAUUGCAGACCAAAUACAACUGACAAUACUUGGAAAUGGCAGGUUUAUUGUUCAAGGAGUGUUCAUACACACACACAUUGAUCUACAAGUGAUAUAUGUGUGUGUGGGAAACUGCUCCCCGGAGUCAUGAGGCUGUUGAGCUGGGAGGGUAGAAUAAUGAAGUUCAGCUUUGUAAAAUCCUUAACAUCCAAAGAGAACAAGAGUCUGCCUAGACAGCUCUUCUCAUUCAGUGGAUGGCCCUUCCUGGGUUGCCUUCCUCGACAAUGUAUGUUUGUAGUGUACAGGUGAUUUGUUCCUGGUUUUAAACAAUUUUCGUAUUUUCUUCUCUGUUUUUAAUAGGAGGCUCUUUUUUUCUCCUCCCAGGGGGAAGAAGUCAAUAAAUGCAAAUAGCUUAACUUUGGAUGUUUUUUCUGUCAUAUGUAUAUUUAAGAGUCUGUUUAUAAAAGAAAUCCGUUGUACUGUAAACUUCGAAAAUGUUCAUACUUUGUGUAAUCAUAUUUUAAUAGCCACGUCAUCCUCCAUUUGUAAAAUAAUGUCCACUUCAAGCACACCAAAAUGUUUUUUCCUUCAUACCAUAAUAAACUGCCAGGGGAAAACUGCA